UGCAAAUGAAAACAUGAUCACAUUUUGCAGACAUGUUUUGUUUCUUAUUGCAGGCCUGAAGAACAAGCACCUGUACUUCCCAAGCAUGGCCACUAGGGGACACCAGUAAUUAUUUUUCAUUUUGGAACUGUUUUAUCUUCUUCACAUGAGUCCAUCACUGGCUUACUCACUGAAAAACUGCACCAUACUUUAUCAGGAGAAUCGCUCUGCUGACGUUUUUCUGGAUUGCGCAAACAGGAACCUCGAGACGAUCCCUGAUGAUUUUCCUAAAAAAGCUGCUUCAGUUCAACUUAACAACAACAGGCUGAAGAAAAUUACCAGAAAGGAUUUUUCUAAAAUGUCACAGCUGAAAAUCCUCCAUCUAGGAUUCAAUCAAAUUGACAGUGUGGAUGAUCGGUCUUUCGGUGAUUUGUUUUUACUUAAAACACUUUCCAUGGAACAUAACAACCUCAACCACCUGACCAGAGACAUGUUUCAUGGCCUGUCCAACCUCACACUCCUCAACCUCAGCAGCAAUUUCAUUCAGUUCAUUCAUUACUCUGCUUUUCGCCACAUGUACCGUUUACAAACUUUAGAUUUAGGCAACAACGAUCUCCAACAAAUUGUUGAGAUUCAGCCUGUUUUAAGUCUACCACAGAUCCAGACCCUCAGAUUAAGAUGCAACCAGUUUUCUUCGUUCGAGACCAGAGAGCUUUCUCUCAACUUCUCCAGUCUGAAAGAGAUUUACAUUUCUGGUCGAAACCUGGAAAGAUUCAGCAUCACAACUCCAAUCUUCCCUUUCCUCCAAAUGAUAAGUCUAUCUGGAUGUAAAGGAGAUUCAACCCUUAAAUGGGACGUAACAGACAAAAUGUUACUGAAACGUGUGGUGAAGCUGUACAUUGCAGAACCGGUGUUGUCAUUUAUAGAAACUAAAAAAGUCCUGAAGAGUCUCUACUCAGUGAGCCAUCUCAGAUUACGACAUUUAGAUGAGUGGAUUAGGAAAGGAUUAUUGUCUACUGUCUGCAAACUACCAGCUCUAAAAACACUGGAUUUGUUUAACCGUCUGACCAAUUUCACUCUUAAAUUUCAGCCUUGCUCUGGGCUUACUCAGCUUGACCUGAGAGAAAGUUGUAUUAAUAAACUACCAAAAGGCUCACUCCAAUCAUUACAACAGCUGCAGUUCUUGAAUCUGAGCACCAACCGGCUCACCAAUGUACCGUUUGACGUAAGACACCUGUCUUCUCUUGAGAUCUUGCUUGUUGGUAACAAUCUAAUUUCAGACCUGAACUGUGAGGAUUUUCUGAACACGACCCAUCUGAUAGAGCUUCACCUGAAUAAUAAUCGCAUUACCAAACUGAAGCGAUGCGUCUUGCAGAGUCUCACUAAUCUGAAGGUUUUAGGUUUGAGUAACAAUCUGAUCUUGACAGUUGGAGACGCCUUUAAAAAGACUCUGUUCAAGCUGGAGGUCUUAGAUAUAAGCCAUAACUCUAUCAUAUCUCUAGAAUCAGGUGAUUUUCAAGGUUUACAGCAACUAAAAUAUUUGAAUGUGACAAGAAACUCAAUUGGAAGAGUGAAUCCUGAAGUGUUUCGGGAAUUAAUCAACUUGGAAUUUCUUACAGUAUGUCUCCCAUAUGACUAUGAACCUAAUUUCAGGGGACUACAACUUUUAGAGCAUAUCACAUUAUAUUUGUACAAUGAUGGCAUUUUAAAAACUCCUCAUUCAAACAUUAAUGAAAGCUUUUUUACCUUAAAAGCUAUGAAAACGCUCAAUAUGAUCUCCAAAGACUAUCACUAUGGCUUUCCACUUGAUAUGUCAAUUGAGCUCCUACAGUCUAUGAAGCAAUUGGAAAAUUUCCGCGCUGUGAAUAUUUACAUAAACGCCCCACCUGCGGAAACAUUUAAUUUUAAUCCUCAGCUCAAAAGUCUGACACUCGCAGAAACAGAUUUGUCUAACUUGAAUCCUGGUAUGUUUCUACCAAUCCCAAACCUGCAGACUCUUAAUCUCACAAAAUGCAAAAUCAAGUCUUUGGAUUUCUUGACGCAGGCCAAUCUUUCUGCACUCAGAUAUCUGAAACUCUCCGACAACGGGAUCAGUUUGAUCAAAGAAUCAGUCUUCCAGUCUCUCCCGUCUUUAACGUAUUUGGACCUGAACAACAACCCGUUCACCUGUGAAUGCUUAAAUGCAGAUUUUAUCGCAUGGGUUAAGAACAACAAGGAAACACAAGUUAUAAAUGCUCAUCAGUUUGUUUGUUCCUUCCCGGUGCACAAGCAGGGAACCUUGUUGCUAGACUUUGAUAUCCAGUCCUGUUGGGACGAAGACAACUUUUUCUUCUUCGUUUUCAGCUCUAGUUUGGUUGUUCUCACUCUUAUCACAUCCUUCGUCUACCACUUCCUGAAGUGGCAUCUCAUCUACAUGUUCCACCUCUUCCUGGCGUUUCUCUAUGACAGCAGGAAAGGGAAGAAGGCAGACUCCCAUCAGUUUGACGCCUUUGUGUCCUAUAACUCCCAAGAUGAGGAUUGGGUUUACCGCAAAAUGCUUCCUGUGCUGGAGGAAGAGCAAGGAUGGAGACUCUGUCUGGAUCACAGAGACUUCCAACCAGGUAAACCGAUCAUAGAGAACAUCACUGAUGCCAUCUACGGCAGCAGGAAAACCAUCUGUGUGAUCAGCCGCAGCUACCUGCAGAGCGAGUGGUGCUCCAGAGAGAUCCAAAUGGCCAGUUUCCGCCUGUUUGACGAGAAGAAAGACGUGCUGAUUCUGUUGUUUUUGGAGGACAUCCCUCCUCAACAUCUCUCUCCUUACCACCGCAUGAGAAAGCUGCUGAAGAAAUGCACCUACUUAAGGUGGUCUAAGGCUGAAAAACAUGCAGGAGUUUUCUGGCAAAACGUCCGGAAAGCUCUGCAGACAAAGAACGAUCCACCUGAAAACUCAGGUCUCCUAACUGGACCAACACAAUGCUGAGAGAAGUGAAAUCCCAUUGAGAAGCAUCCACUAAAGAUUUAUGAACAGGAAAAUCUUAAAACAGUAUAGUUACUGUAUUGACCCUCCAUGAUGGACGUCGGAAGUGAGGGCUGGGAGAAUUGAACAGAGCGACUG